AUGAGCCGGAGCGGCGGAGCCGGGCGGCCCGCGGCCGCACUCACCGGCCCGGGACGCUUCCGCAUGGCCCGCGAGGAACCGGCGCCAGCGGCGGUGGCGGCGGCCGGGCAGCCCGGGGGCGGCCGGGGCGGCGAGCGCGAGCGGGCGCUGCAGGGGCCGGGGGGCGCCCGCAGGGGGCGGCCGUCGCUGAGCCGCGCUAAACUGCACGGGCUGCGGCACAUGUGCGCGGGGCGCGCGGCGCCCGGGGGCUCCUUCCAGCGGCGGGCGCUCUGGGUGCUGGCCUUCUGCACGUCCCUCGGCUUGCUGCUGUCCUGGUCCUCGAACCGCCUGCUCUACUGGCUCAGCUUCCCGUCGCACACGCGUGUGCACCGCGAGUGGAGCCGCCAGCUGCCCUUCCCCGCCGUCACCGUGUGCAACAACAACCCGCUGCGCUUCCCGCGCCUCUCCAAGGGGGACCUCUACUACGCCGGCCACUGGCUCGGGCUGCUGCUGCCCAACCGCACGGCGCGCCCGCUGGUCAGCGAACUGCUGCAGGGGGACGAGCCGCGCCGCCAGUGGUUCCGCAAGCUGGCCGACUUCCGCCUCUUCCUGCCUCCCCGCCACUUCGAGGGCAUCAGCGCCGCCUUCAUGGACCGCCUGGGCCACCAGCUCGAGGACAUGCUGCUCUCCUGCAAGUACCGCGGCGAGCUCUGCGGCCCGCACAACUUCUCCUCCGUGUUUACAAAAUAUGGGAAGUGUUACAUGUUUAACUCAGGCGAGGACGGCAAGCCUCUGCUCACCACGGUCAAGGGGGGGACAGGCAAUGGGCUGGAGAUCAUGCUGGACAUUCAGCAGGAUGAGUACCUGCCCAUCUGGGGCGAGACAGAGGAAACGACGUUUGAAGCAGGCGUGAAGGUUCAGAUCCACAGUCAGUCUGAGCCGCCUUUCAUCCAAGAGCUGGGCUUUGGGGUGGCACCAGGGUUCCAGACUUUCGUGGCCACACAGGAGCAGAGGCUCACAUACCUGCCCCCGCCGUGGGGCGAGUGCCGGUCCUCCGAGAUGGGGCUCGACUUCUUUCCCGUUUACAGCAUCACCGCCUGUAGGAUCGACUGUGAGACCCGCUACAUCGUGGAGAACUGUAACUGCCGCAUGGUCCACAUGCCAGGGGAUGCCCCUUUCUGUACCCCUGAGCAGCACAAGGAGUGUGCAGAGCCUGCCCUAGGUCUGCUGGCAGAAAAGGACAGUAAUUACUGUCUCUGCAGGACCCCCUGCAACCUGACCCGCUACAACAAAGAGCUCUCCAUGGUGAAGAUCCCCAGCAAGACAUCAGCCAAGUACCUCGAGAAGAAAUUUAACAAAUCAGAAAAAUAUAUCUCAGAAAACAUCCUCGUUCUGGAUAUAUUUUUUGAAGCUCUCAAUUAUGAGACCAUCGAACAGAAGAAGGCAUAUGAAGUCGCUGCCUUACUUGGUGAUAUUGGUGGUCAGAUGGGAUUGUUCAUUGGUGCUAGUAUCCUUACAAUACUAGAGCUCUUUGAUUAUAUUUAUGAGCUGAUCAAAGAGAAGCUAUUAGACCUGCUUGGCAAAGAAGAGGAGGAAGGGAGCCAUGAUGAGAACGUGAGCACUUGUGACACGAUGCCAAACCACUCCGAAACCAUCAGCCACACUGUGAACGUGCCCCUGCAGACGGCCCUGGGGACCCUGGAGGAGAUUGCCUGCUGACGGCCCUCGGACCCCCCGGCACCACCAUCCCCCACCCCCAAACAGACCUGGCCCAGGACCAGGACAGGGGACCGCAGGCUCAGGUGGGAUGGCCCCUGCCCACCGACGGAGAGAAGCAAGAGCCCCCUAUGCACACAUAGCAAACUCUGCUGAAACCUCGCUCCGGCCUCGUCUGGCACGACGCGUCCUCGGGCCCCGCCGCUGCGCGUCUGCGUCCGACCCUCUUAGGAGACGUGAGUCCCGCCCUGAAACUGUCCGAGAACCGACCCGCCAUCACAUCUCACUGCCAGAUGUACAAAGCACUGCAUGCUCCGACCCCUCACGGCGCCGCGUCCGCGUCUUUCUCCGUCCGCGACCCUCGCUGUGCGGUUUCCAGCAGCCCUGCGGGGGGACCGGGUUCCAGCCCCGCAGUGCACCUCCACGAGGCCGCGCUGGAAUCACACUUGCACACUCCAGAGGGAGCCCGCAGAGCCCUGGACGCCGUCCGGUCCUCCUGUCGUCUGUGAAGGUUCUUAAC